GGGCUGUUGUGAUUGGCUGGUCUGACAAGCGUUUCGUGUAGCUGAAGGUUUCGGUGAACCUUCGCGGAGCACAACAAUGUUCAAAAAGGUGAUCAGAGCUGGCGUGUUGUCCGGGAUCCGCCUGCAGAGCUUCGGCACUGCUGCAGCCGCCGUCAGUGGGCAAAGGGCAUCCGUCGGCUACUCCUAUGAGCUCACGGACCAGCAGAAGGAGUUCCAGCAGCUGGCCAGAAAGUUUGCACGAGAAGAGAUCAUCCCUGUCGCAGCAGUGUAUGACAGAAGUGGUGAAUAUCCCGUCCCGCUCAUUAAGAAAGCCUGGGAGCUCGGCCUGAUAAACACUCACAUUCCAGAGGAAUGCGGGGGAAUGGGCUUGUCCAUUUUUGAUGCCUGUCUGAUCACAGAAGAGCUGGCUUACGGAUGCACAGGAGUGCAGACGGCUAUCGAGGCAAACUCUCUCGGACAAAUGCCCGUUAUCAUCGCUGGUAAUGACACACAGAAGAAGAAGUAUCUGGGGAGGAUGACCGAGGAGCCUCUGAUGUGUGCGUACUGCGUCACAGAGCCCGGGGCCGGCUCGGACGUUGCCGGCAUCAAGACUCGAGCAGAGAGGAAAGGUAACGAAUACGUUGUUAACGGGCAGAAGAUGUGGAUCACCAAUGGUGGCAGAGCCAACUGGUACUUCCUGCUGACCCGCACUGACCCGGAUCCUAAAUGUUCAGCAAGCAAAGCCUUUACUGGCUUCAUUGUUGAGGCUGACACUCCAGGAAUUCAAGUAGGACGCAAGGAGAUGAACAUGGGUCAGAGGUGCUCUGAUACCAGAGGCAUCACCUUUGAGGACGUGAGGAUCCCGAAGGAGAACGUCUUGAUUGGAGAAGGUGCCGGAUUCAAAAUUGCCAUGGGAGCCUUUGAUAAGACCAGACCACCAGUGGCUGCAGGAGCAACAGGUUUGGCACAGAGAGCGCUUGAGGAAGCGACCAACUAUGCCAUGGAGAGGAAAACCUUCGGCAGAGUUCUUGCUGAGCACCAGGCGGUGUCCUUCAUGCUGGCUGAGAUGGCACUGAAGGUGGAGCUGUCCAGGAUGGCGUACCAGCGUUCCGCCUGGGAAGUGGACCAGGGCCGAAGGAACACCUACUACGCCUCCAUCGCCAAGGCCUUCGCCGGAGACAUUGCCAACCAGGUCGCCAGUGACGCUGUGCAGAUAUUUGGAGGCAACGGCUUCAACAGCGAGUACCCAGUGGAGAAACUGAUGAGAGACGCCAAAAUCUAUCAGAUCUACGAGGGCACCGCCCAGAUCCAGAGACUCAUCAUUUCCCGCGAACAUCUGGCAAAAUUCAAGAAAUGAACUCUGGAAAAUCUAAGCAUGUAGUCUGUGGUAAUGCUCCUGGGAGUAGAAUGUUAAUCUGUGCAGACGCAACAACCUCAUGGACUUGUUUCUGCAUCAGCUGCAGUGGUUUUUCUCUUGAAGUCAGUAAACGCAUCAUAACAUAUUAAAUACCUACAGACUUUCUUUUUUUUUUUAAAUGGUGUAAAUUUGCCAUGAUCCACUGUGCCUCAUUCAGUCAUUUUCAUCAAGCAGCUACUUUUUAAGUGAUUGAA